CCUACAAGUCCAUAACAAAAGACAUUCACAAGAUGAUCGUGUUAUGGGUUACGCUCCUUCUUCUCCAUCAAGGACAUUUCUGUGUGUUUUCUAUGAAAUUAGAUACACUUGUUCCAGUAACUACAGUCCAACUUGGGGAAACUGUAACCAUCCCAUGUCAUCUGCCAGCGAUUGAGACCAUUCGUAAAGAAGUCCAUUGGUACAAGCAGAGUGCCGGGGACACCCUGAAAGUAAUUUGCACAAUGAGGGAAUCUGCAACACCUGAGUUUGCACCUGAGUUUAAUAACUCCAGAUUGAAGGUAAAUCACGAUAAACAUUUUACCAACCUGACCAUUUUGAAGACAAAUCAAGAGGACGAGGGAAUCUAUCACUGUGGAUUCACAGAGUGGCGUAAGAAUACUAAAUGGACGGGGACGUAUUUGUUAGUUAAAGGAAACACCCAGAGAACGUCAAACUACACUGUUGUUAAGGAGAAAGCAGUCCAUCCAGGAGACUCUGUGACUCUUCAGUGUUCAGUCCUCUCCAGCUCUAACAGAAAGACAUGUCCAGGAGGUGACAAUGUGUUCUGGUUCAGGGAAGCAAAUACAUCUCAUCCUAGCAUCAUAUACACUGAUGGAAACAGACAUCAUGAAUGUGAGAAAAGAUCUGAUACUCAGCAGAGCUGUGUUUAUCGCUUGUCUAAGAACAUCAGCUCCUCUGAUUCUGGGACUUACCACUGUGCUGUGGCCACAUGUGGAGAAAUAUUAUAUGGAAAUGGAACAAAACUGGACAGUCGAGAAACCAGAGUGUGGUUACAGAUGGCAGGCAGCAUAAUUUUUCUACUGUGCAGUGUCUUGGCUAUAAGUCUGAUUGUUAUAGUUGCCCUCAUUUGGACGAUCAAGAAAAACAGUGAUCAUUGCAGAGCUGAUAUCCAGAGGAAAUAUUUUACUGAUCAGAAGAAACAAGAGAAUAAGGACACAUGGAUGUUUUCUGUUGUUGUUUUUACCACAAUGAAAGCUGAUGGAUGCACAAAAAAGAAUGCAAAACCUAUGAAGAAGGAGCAGAUCUACACAGCUGCCGAGGCGUUUCUCUUCGGUUAGGCAUAUUUACCAUCCUUUGAUAUGAAAUUACCUAAUUGAUGUUUGCUUAGACAUAGUUAUAUUAAAUGCAUCUAGAUAAUGAAAAUGUGGACUUCUGCAUACAGCUAUAGUAACAAAGUAUAUCUCUUUAAAUUCAAUGGUCUUUGGUUUUAUAGAGGUAGCAAACUUACUUACUUAGAUCAUUUUCAGUACCUGCUUCUACUUUUCCUGCUAAUUUCUAUGGAAGGAAUCAAAGUUUUUUAUUCUGCAUUUUAGCUUAAUUUUUGUAACAUAAAUAUGAUACAAUGCAAUAUGUUUUGUCGUUCAUCUGAAGUUGUAUUUAGCUCACUAUGAAAUCUGCUGGGAAUGGGUUUUUAAAAUUUUUUUAUUAUGUGUUGAUAUACACCUAAGAACUGAAAGGAUUAACAUUCCUAUCGUGGUGUGAUCAUUUGUGGUCUGAUUGUUGCUUUUCUCUGUCCUGUUUUCUUACUUCCUGUCUUAUGUCCCGCCGUUAAUGAAGCUUCAGAUUUAUUGAACAGUAUGGAUGGAUUCAACCAGGGGAAUCAUAUCUCACACAAGUCUAUAGAUUUAACAUUAUACAUAGCGAACAGCUAUUUUCAUCUGUACAAAAGACAAUGAAAUGUGCAACGGUGAGCAGUUAAAAGGAAGUUUCCUGCAUCAGUGUAUAGGAAUUUUGACCAAAUUUUUGCAGUCUUGUUGUAAUGAAAUAUCUUUUCUUUUUUUUGUUCCAUAUAAGUGACAUUGUAUGUUUGUAAGGGGACAUGUGGUAAACACAUCUAAGUAAUGACACGUAUGUUGGUGCAGUGAAUCAAAGUAAAAUGCAUUUAGUUCAGUUACUGUUUGUUUCAUUGCACCAACAUGAGUGAAAGCAGUUUAGGUGGCCUGUACUGAGAGUUGUGAAAGUCCAACCUAACAACGUGCACACGGUCGGGUGGUGACAAUCUGUCCUUGUGAAGCAAUGUAAAUGCAUUGGUUCUUAUAUAGCACUUUUCUACUCUAAGUACUCAAAGCUCUUUAUACAACUUCCCUCAUUCACCCAAAUAUUUUUUUUCUAUGAUUUUUCUAAACAAGUUCUUUCUGUCUAACAUUCACACACAUAUGCAUUGGAUGCAAUGAGGGUUUAGUAUCUUGCCCAAGGAUAUUUGACACAAACCACCAACGUUCUGAUUAGUAGAUGAGCUGCUCUACCUCCUGAGCUACACCCACCCCAAUUUCAAUCCACUCCUACGUAGUUCACAGUCUGAAAUGACAGACAUUUCAGAUUUUAUUUAACUGGGAAUAAUGCAGGAGUCAGAAACAUUUGCUUUGCUUUGCUUUCAGGAAAUAUCCUAGUACCCAAUAGCCAUAUUUACCAAAUUGCUGGCUUUGUGAGUGUUGACAUGUCCAACAUGAUUGGAGGCACUUAUGUUCACUUAAAAAAAAAAGGCAAGAGAGAGAGUUAUGUUCUAGGUUCUAGUGCGAUCUUACUAAAGGCAUCUAGAAAUGGAGACAUUUUACUCUUCACUGUUAAGCUUGAUACAUGUCUUCUAUCAUGUCAGAGAGAUUAAGAUCCCCUGGCUGACUCAUCUCCAUUCAAAGGAGGG